AUGUCGGAGGACACGUUUAUCCCAAGAUCUCCACAUCUGUCUCCAAAGUCCAACUUCGAAGAACAUCUGUCCUUCUGGGCAGGUUCUAUCAUUCUGACGGAUGAGGAGGUGCAGAGGAAGAAGGAUCUGAUCCUGAAGCGGAAGGAGGAGGAGGCGGCGCGGGAGGCGCGGAAACCUCGAAUGAACGAUGAGCAGAUGCAGAUCAUCAGCACGCUGGUGGAGGCGCAUCACAAGACCUACGACGACUCGUACUCCGACUUCGUCCGAUUCAGGCCUCCAGUCAGAGAGGGUCCAGUGACUCGCAGUGCUAGUCGAGCAGCAUCUCUUCAUUCUCUCUCUGAUGCUUCAUCAGAUUCAUUCAACCAUUCACCAGAGUCUGUGGACACGAAGCUGAAUUUCAGUAAUCUGUUGAUGAUGUAUCAGGACAGCACGGGCAGUCCAGACUCCAGCGAAGAAGACAACUCGCGUCUGUCCAUGUUACCGCACCUCGCCGACCUCGUCAGCUACAGCAUCCAGAAAGUCAUCGGAUUCGCCAAGAUGAUCCCUGGAUUCAGGGAUCUGACAGCAGAAGAUCAGAUCGCUCUGUUGAAGUCCAGCGCUAUCGAGAUCAUCAUGUUGCGUUCCAAUCAGUCGUUCAGUCUGGAGGACAUGAGCUGGAGCUGUGGUGGACCAGACUUCAAAUACUGCGUCAAUGAUGUCACCAAGGUUCUGUGUGUGUGUGUGUGUGUGUGCGGACACACUCUGGAGCUGUUGGAGCCGCUGGUGAAGUUUCAAGUGGGUUUGAAGAAACUCAACCUGCAUGAACAGGAACAUGUGCUGCUAAUGGCCAUCUGCCUGCUGUCACCAGAUCGUCCGGGCGUUCAGGACCACGCACGCAUCGAGGCUCUACAGGACCGUCUGUGCGACGUUCUGCAGGCAUAUAUCCGGAUCAACCACGCGGCCGGGCGACUCCUGUACGCCAAGAUGAUCCAAAAGCUGGCGGAUCUGCGCAGCCUGAACGAGGAGCACUCUAAGCAGUACCGCUCUCUGUCGUUCCAGCCCGAACACAGCAUGCAGCUCACGCCCCUUGUGCUGGAAGUGUUCGGCAGUGAGGUCUCCUAGCAUCCAAAAGCCCCCCGCAUCACUCCGGACCCCGGCGCCCACGGCAGCUGCGCCGAGAAGGCCACACACACGUGCUCAGCACGUUAGAGCAGGAGUGUAUCGUGCCAGAGGUGGAGAGCGUCUCGAUUCACAACGGGGGGCUGUAGGGAUACGUGUGCGCGCGCGUGUGUGUGUGCGCGUGUGUGUGUGUGCGUGAGGGUGGGUGGUGCACAGUUCUGGAUAUUGUUUUGGAAUUCCAGCUUCUAAGCUAUGAAGGGAAUUCUGAAAGGAAUGUAUUAAUAAUGUAUGAAUAGAAUAAUGCAUAUAAACUAAUAUUUAUAUUUAAGAAAGGGUUGGUUUGUAUUAAAUGACAACAUAUGGCCGGGUCGAUCCUCUGUUGUAAUAGGAUUAGCUGGCUCCUUUAGUAGAUGUGUAAGAGUGUGUGUUGGUGUGUGUGUGUGCAUUAGUGGUUGACUGAUAUUUAGAGAGCAGGAUGGCUGAUGGUUGAUAUAAUGCCGAUAUAUUCAUAAAAUGAUCUGCAUGAAUUCUUCAUAAUAAACAAUAGUUCCAAAAAGCAACUAUCGGCACCGAUUAAUCGGUAAAACCGAUAUAUCGUCCACCUCCAAUCAUAGGCAUGUUCCUGACAUAAAGGCUGUUCCAAUUUUAAUUUUGCUACCUUCUAAGACCCCUUCAAUUUACCAAACUCUAAGGCAGCAUCAUAUGUAUCCUCUACGCAGAAGUCAAUCCAACAAUGCGUUACGACAAACUCACCAUCCAAGAUGGUGGACAAAGCAAGAGAAAUGUCGAUUCAUUGAAUCCAUUGAACACGGAAAAAUUGUUCAAUAGAAUUAAUUCAAGUUUCACUCACUAUUUGUGUUGUGUAUUGUUAUGCUUAUUAAAAUAUCACGUUGUUAGCUUAGCAACAUGCUAAUGCUACAUGUAAACUCUAUUUUAAUCAAUCAUGAGUCAAAUUUCUGGCAUGCUUCACAAGAAAAGUUGCUGCCAAUAUCGAGUGUUCCAAAUCAGCCAAUGUUGAGGUUCCAUUACAGUUGGAAUACUGCCUUAGAAGGCAGCUGCCUAUGUAGGGAGUAGACAGCUAGGUGGCUCGCUAGGUUUUGGAACAGUUUACAUUUACUCUAAAUUCACUCAAAUGUAUAAAAACUGAAAAUGUGCUUUAUUCAUUGACGAAUAUGUCAGUAGAUUGUGGAAUUUACUAGUGUAAUACCACUACUGUCAAUCGGCCAAGUGGGUAUUGUUAAGGUUAAUCAGACAUUCUCAAAAUUGCCAAAUAUUGGCAAACCAAAUGGCCUGACCGCUAUAUCAGUCUUUCACUAGUAUUAAUGCUCGCACAUAUGCUACACACACACACCCUCACAUACAUUAUAACGAGAGAAGGGGUCCUGACCUGUUGGUCUGAUGUCUGUAUAGAUUGGAUCUUAGAUGACCACAAGCGAGCCAAAACGCAGGAACCGUCCCCUGAGUUUGGCCCGAAUUGUUCUAGCUUUAUUUAGCAUUAAUAACAAGGCUAUCUGGCUGCUUCAACCACAGAUUUAAGAUUAGCUCUAGACUAAUAACUUGGUACUAGAUUUUAAGUGGACUGUAAUUUAAGGCUAGGCAUUACUCAACUCUGAGAAAUCAGAUCUUCACAUGCAAUAAUCGUUUGUGUCCCAAUCCAUGUAGAGUAUAGAGCAUCCCUCAAGUGCUCAGGACCUGUAUGUGAUGAGUUUGGUAAUCCUCGACUUUGGUUUGAUGAAUCACUCAUCAAACCAGAAGUCCUCCAUAUGAUCACCUUUAUUUUUCCUGUCAUGUUACGGAAACAAGCAUUCAGUCGCAUUCAGGAAACACGAGCAGAACAAAUUUUGCAGUUUAAAACCACCAAUUGUCGACCGAAACAUAUUCGUGAUUUCACAAAUGAUUCGUUCUGCUCAUGUUUCCUAAACGAGGCCCAAUUUAGUCCCUCAUUCAAGUAGGUCCCAUGUUUCUCUUUCAUGGUCAUAAGCUGUAAAUACCACUCGUAGUGUUUCUGUACAUAUAUCUAAUGAAAAGGCUAAUGCUAAGUCAAUCCGCUGAAAAGGAGCUUGGGAGAAAUAUGCAAAUAUGAUAUUUUCCUAUGUUUUGGUGUCUUUUACUCUCAGAUGAGAUAAGCUUUUACGACUGUAUCUAUCCCUGAUGCUUUUAGGUGCAAUUUCCUCAUUGAAUUGUAUUGUUAUGUUGAUUAUCAUAGCUUAGGUUUGUACAGACCUUGAGACCUCAAACUGGACUUUUUUUUCUGCGAAUCAAUGAGACAUCUCAACCUGGCUGCUGCUGAGCUGCAUUGCUCUUUCUUCUGCUUUCUGGUCUCAAAACCCAACGGACAUAAACGGAACUCAGCUGGUGCUUUAGUUUUUAUUUCUGCUACAAAUGCUGCCUCAAACCAGCCCCGGUCAACGGUCCCAUCAAAGGACUCUUCAAAGCUUUAACAUUAUUACAGGUGAAACGGGAUAGGGGGUUGCCCGAACAUUAGCUGCUAAUGGAUGGGGUGCUGUUUUCAAGAGUCGCCCCAUCUCAGCUGACUAGAAUUCUAGAAAGAGUUGGAAUGUUCUUCGAAAGUUGAGACUUUUGGAACAGAUGUGGAAUCUUGGGAUAAACAUUGUCCUCCGACAUUGGAACUGGGACAAGUGUAUUGGACAUUCGAGAGACUCUCUUUAAGCGGACUGGCGCUUUGCCUGUCGCUCUCAAAUGGAGAAAUGCAGAACUGUCUUGUGAAUGGUGGAUUGGCUGGCAAACAAAGUGUAUAUACCAGUUACAAUAAGCUUCUGUUGGACUACAAUAGUUGUAAUCGCUUAGGAACAUUGGAUGUUUCACCCCCUACUGUCAGAGGAUAAUCAGAAAUGGCAUGUCAAUUGUUUCUAGUUCAUUGGGGUAGUGUUGCUAAUCCUGCAAACGGACACUUUCCCCUCCAGACUCCAAUGACCUCGCCUUCUCCUGCGUAACCUUAACCCGGUCAACUCACACACAGUUGGAUUCAUUGCAUCCAAUCAACCAGAGAAAUCAAAUGAGUACGUCUCGCGCACGAAACGUGGCAAGUCUUAUCCCAAUCUGGGUUUAGCAUGAACGGGAAGGGCUCUCUUGGCUCCGGAGUGACCUCUUGCCCCAACCAAGCUAACAAAGACAGGAUUCCCAAUGCAUACAAUUUGCAAGAGUUCCACCAAUUUUGGGAUUGUUUCAUUGGCAUCUAAAUGGAAUAAAUGGGAUUGAUGUCACCCUAGUGGUUUUUAAAUCAGUACAUCAGUAUUUUUGUGAGGGGGGAGUUCUUUUAAAUGCUUUGGUGAAACUUUUCUGGACUGUCUAUGCACUUUGCAUCAGUUAAUGUGAGCCAAAUCGAAAGAUCAUGGUCUGGUUUGGCUAACCGAGAGAGUCCUCACGGAUUUCCAGAGAUACUACAAAGAGGAAUCAAGGAAACUUCAGUAAUAGUGUGUUGAUUGUAGUGAUUCAAGUCAUUUUGAUGUUCUUAAUGAAGGUUUUAUUUCGAGUCCUUGUCAAGCAGGACCCCUCUGAGGCAUCUAUGUUGGAUGUUCUUGAAGGCCAACCCUACCGCUUUAGUGUUGUAAAGUCUUUUGGUUGUCAUUGUGCCACAUGCUUCACAGCUAGACUGAGGAAAUCCAGUUACUAAUGCAAAAUAUGCGAUUUCUUGAUAGUUGCUUUGGCAAAGAAGCGUCUCCCAAGAACUUCAACAUCAAAAUUAAAGACUUUUGCUCGAACUGUAAAAGCUGAGUUAAGUUGUGCAUGGAUUUCUUGAGUCUAGCUUAGGAACACGGCUUUUUUGUUCCUUUAAUUACGAAGAACCAGCUGAAAAGAACAGAAUUGCUGACGACUGUCUGAAUGCUAAUUGUUAAAGAAGACGUAAACCACCAGGUGCCGUUGUUAACCAAAAUGAACUACCUCUCUCAUUCACACGUUAUCAUUACACAAUUUCAUGUUUGUUAUUAUGUUUUAGGUUUUCUUUGUUAAGAAACACUAAAUCCUUCACUUAUUUAUUUCUCGCCAACUCAAAUGCUGGACUGUUUACCUCAAUAAAUUAGCUUAGCCAUUAGCUUAGACGGUGAUCUACUGCCUGUCUGCUGGCCAAAACGAUCACCCCAUUUCUUGGUGUGCUACACGCCAUCGCUGUUAUGCUAACAACAUGGCGGUUGUGUGCAGGAUGCCCAGUAAGUGCAUCCACAUCCCAGAGACGUAUGCUAACGAGCUAAAAUUCAUAUGUUUGUAAAGAGCAAAAUCAUCUUCUGAACCUCUCGAUGACUUAUUCGAGAUGAGCAAAUGUUCCAAAACUAUCUUCGCAUUGAAUAGACGUCUUGGCAACAUGCUUGUGCUAUCAGGGCUGUUGAUUAGCGUGGACCUGCACAGGGAGAUGUUUCCACUAGCCCGAAUGCUAGUCUCUGACAGUAUUUGCUCUUAAAGCAUUGGCAAACAAGCUAGCUAAUCCCAAAAUAUGCAAAAUAAGCUAGCUAAUUUAGGUACAUUUGAAAGCGUUGUCUUCUUUUCCACGCUACCGUAAACACACUUACGUUUUUACCGUGAAGUACAUCUGUGUAACACAUAUUAAAUAAUCGGGCAUUGCAGAUGUUUGCUUUGUAUUUUAAGUGUUAAAGUUUUCAUCUGUGUCUGAGCUAAUGACAUUACCGCCUGUUCGGCCUCUACCGCCCCUAUCUGCUUUAUUUUGUGUUAUUUCGCUGCCUCUCUUCUUGUCCCAGUGGCGUGUGAAUAUCAGUGUCACCGUUCCAUCCAUUAACCCCCUGAACUGCCCCCACACACACAUACAGAUUCACCACCAGCAUUUACUUUACAGAUAAACUACUUUACAAUCUUAUCCAGUAUAGAAAUUGUAUUUGAAAUUGAAACUAAGAGACCGAUUAGCGCUAAACUUUUCACACUGUUCAAACAGGCGUCUCCAUGCUAGCUCAGUUGAAGAACCUCUGUGUGCCUACACCCCAAGGCCUUAUUUUGGGAACAUGUCAGGUUUACAGCAUUAGUUUUAAAGCAGUUUGUGACCCCGGUAUUCAAUAUGAUUGUGGGCCAUAGUUGCACUGAGUACAAGUUGUGUAAAUAAGUCUUUGUGAAUAAAGAAUCGAUGUAUGACUUUAAGGCAAGAAACGUGUUCUACGCAAGCAGAUGCGAAUGCUUGGCCUACACAUUGCAAGUGUGCAUUAGCGUGCGUUCUUGCGUCGCUGUGACGGUAACCUCAGUCCUCACAGGGGCGAUAGAGUUUCCUUCAAACGACUGGUUUUAAUUCAUUUAGUUAGCUAGCUUUAAACAUGUCGAAAGGUUUAACAACUUUAACUUGCUCUGCAAGAUUCUCUUCAAAUAGUCGCUCUACUAUGGCGCUAACCGUUGAAGAAACACGUUUACGCUACUGCUCGCUAUAGCGUUCCUUGAGGCAAAGCUUUGCAUUGCAUCACGAGUUCUGGUCUGACACAUUCGGAUAUGAUACCGCAUGACAUUGAGUUUGUAUAGCUAGAUGCGUUAGCAUUCAUAUAAUUGCGUAGUGUAUGUUUCAGGCCCUGAUUCGCAGUCUGGCUAUGGUUCUCAACUCUCAGAAUGACCCAAAUGAAGGAAUGUUCUAGAUGGUUUAUCCGCGAUCCAAACACUUGUCUCAAACAGACUGUCCGAGAGACUCCUGGACUCUGGUGCCUUAGUCUUUGCACAUCAUAUAUGCAUUUAUGUUUUACUACGAGGAUAAAUUGGUAACAGAUGUCUCCAUAAAAGCAAAUAUAUUUUGGGACGAGUCAGUAGGUAAAGCAGCACUUUCACCGUGUUGUUCUGGAUAUGGUCCUCGUCUGUUUGAGAUGGUUUGAGCUCUACCAGAGGUUUCAUCUGUUCGUCCAGGUUUCAGGGCAGGACUGGGAAGAGAAAUCGGCCCGGGAUUUUACAUAGCAACAUACCGGCCCGCUCGGUUCUCCCGAUGGCCAGUCCGCCCCAAAAUGCGUCCGCCCACUGGGACAAUGCCCCGUAUGCCAGAUUACCUGUCCAGCCCUGCCAGGUUCCCACUACAGAAUGAACUUUACUCAGGAACCAUGUGCUGCUUUCCUAGAAUUAUCAUUUUUAAAGGAGAUCUAAAACUGUCCGAGAAGUGCAGAAAAGGGAAGAAAAAUAUAUGUCAUUUAUUCACCUGACAGCAAAUUGUGUCGAUGCCGAUAACUAAAGCAGUGGAAAGGGUCGAUAACCGAUUAAUCGGCCGAUAGUUUUAAAAAAUCUGUUUAUAUAAUGAUAAAAGAUUUCUUUGUCUUUCCUUACUGCGAAUGACAGACAUGGAAGCUUCAAGAGUCUAAAAUAAAUACAAUCCCAAAAGCAGUUUAUUGUGCAAUCAAACAUCACUAUAAUAACCAUAGAAAUGAAGAUUUGGUGCAUAACACAGGACGUUUUACUAUAUAAAAGCUUGAAAUAUAUACCAGGGACACUUAUUUUUAAAUGAUGGAGACUUGGCUGUGUUACAAUGCUAAAUAAAGUCAAAAAUACAUUAUAAAAAUAAAAAAAACUAUCGGCAGCUAGUUCCAAAAAGCAACUAUCGGAACUGAUUAAUCGGUUGAACCGAUAUAUCGGCCUACAUCUAUUCCAGACCUAUAUUUGCUUGUAGGCCGAGCUUGUUUUCAUACAAUGAAAGUUAAAGGUAAUUUAUAUAAUGACAGAAUCAUGUUUUGGAUUUUGGAUUUUUCAUGCAGAAAGCUCUAAACGUCUAAAAAACGAAAACUCAUUACUAAUAAUGUCUUGUUUUAGAUCUCUUAAUAGUCCUGAAGCCUUGGACACUCAGGGCACCUCUUCGUGGUGGAUCAUUGUUUGGAUCUCAGAUAACCCCGUAUGACUUGCCAAAACCCAGAAACACACAAGACGUUUGUAUUGUUAUUAUUUGUAGAGAAUCUAUAAAAAGCUCAAAUCACUAAUGGUGUAGAGUUAGCAUUGAGUUUAUUCUAUUCAAUGUGUCCUGGUCUCAUCUGUUGAUGUCUUCUUUUCCCUUGAAUGUCCAUUACACAUUUAUUUUGUGCAUUGUAUGUCGUAAAUAAGAUGUUUUGGAAAAUAAAUCACAAAUAAACAGCUGUACAUACCGAUGCAAACCCUGUGACUGUCUGUGAGUAAAACAUUGAGAAGGGACCAUGUUGAAGAUGCACACACUGAAAGGUUGUCUUUUAUUAUUAUUAUUAUUAUUAUUAUUGAUAAAUGCAAGUUCUUUGUGAGGUGUGUCAUGGAUAAAGAUCAGGGCUGAUAACUCAAAGCUAAGAACAAUCCCAAUAAAACUGGCAGCUGUGUUUGCCAGAAUAAUUAUGUAAAAAAUACAGUAAAAAUGUAAACAAAUUUACAGAACAGCCUGUAGAUUUUACAGUUUAAUACUGUUGUAAUUUACAUGACUACACUGGCACUGUAAUCUGAAACUGUGAAAAUCAGCUUUUUACUUUAUAAUAUAUUGUUA